AUGGGAGAAGUGGCGCGCGCAAAGCUGAGCCACUACAGGGGUGAACUUCGAUCCGUCUUCGUCCAGUUGUCAAAGUUGAAGGGGACGAGAAGAAUCCUUCUGUUCUCAUCCGCCGUGGCCUUGGACAUGGUUCAUGCAACUGAACAUGUCCGGGACCUUUUACACUCCUCAGAUUCAGAUUUGCGAAGGAUGUCGAUGAAGUAUGUCGUGGAAAUGGGAGACUGCGGUGCAAUGUACGCAGACCUUGUGGCUGAUAACCUGGAACAUCCCAUGGUUCAACGCACUGCUGCACAAAUGUUGACGUGCUUUCGGACGAAGCUCUCGGAGGAGACAUCAUCGAGAUUGGUAGCAUGGAGAGCCAUUGACAGCUGGCAGGUUUUGGUCAAGGGGUUCCUGAAAAAGUGGCGGGCCACGCAGCGCGAGAUGCACAGGCAGCUGACGGCUGCUCGCGUGAAGAGUUCGUAG